AACCCCUGUCCAUAUUCUUGAAAGUGAUCAGAUGCAGUGGUAAGCACGCUAAUCCGAGGUAUGACCUUUUGUUCACUUUGAUGAAUCGGUGCUCGCUUCCUUCUCAUCUAAUGUAUUCAAGUCGAAACCGGGUUCGGAUCAUAAGAAGAGGUUGCAAGCAUCGGCGAUAACUAUUCAUUUGAUUUUUAAUGCAUAGACGCGCUGAACAAAGCGGGAAAUUGGUUCAUCUUUAAACCACAACCAUCACCAUCAUCACUAUCAAGGCUGCUUCCUUCAAACGAUGAUGGAAUCGGCAAAAUCAACUCCUCCGCCAGCAGCAAGUGCAAAUGCGCGUAAUUCACCUUUUGCUUAUCAGACUAAAUUAUUGGAAAGGAAUGGUUCUAGGAGUGGGGCUUCUUCAUUUUCUCUGGCUGGCAGAGAAGGAGGAUCAAAUGUGCCAGGAACUCCAAAUUUAAACGGGAACGGUCAACCUUCAUCUGCAGAUCCUAGCACACCCCUAAGAGGAAUCAAUGGAGCAACAGGACUUGCACACUCUAGCUCAAUUAGGAGAUAUCCCAUGCCACAUCGUCAUACCAACUCCUUAGACCCAAAUCGUGCUGCUGAACUCAGAACGCCAGGUGGCUCAACCUCUCCUACUUCUGCUAUGCAUGAAUUUGGAGCAAGUAAUGGUCUUGCAACCCCAACAUCUUCAUAUCUACCGUCCAAUCGAUCACCAUUGCAUACAAGCAACGCUUCUUUCUCAACCCCUACAGGAUCUCAACGUCAUAAUAGGGGUCUAUCCAUGCCACCCGUUCCACGCGAUAUUGGAGGAUCGACAUCUUCCACUUACAGGCCAAGCUCUCCUUCAAAGAUGAACAAUAGCCCUUUUGCACGACCUGUAUCUCCUACUAAAGUAUCUCACGAUGCACCAUACAGUCCAACAAGAUCUCCUGGAUCCCCCGGAAAGGAAGAUUCUUCAUGGAUCUCACCUCCUAAAUCACCAAAUAGCGGCGGAAGCUUUUGGAGCUCAAACGCUCAAAAUACGCAUCUGACACCUUCUGCUGUUCAUUUGGGAGGCGUGAGUGAUCUGAAACGGUCCAGUGUAGGCGCAUUGAAGAUCAUGCGUGAUUUCACAACAAAGACUGAUGGAUCAGGAUUUGCAAGCGAUGCCGGUCAUCCACGUAUGACUGUAGGAAAGAACAAAGGUCUAGAUGGAAAGAGGGAACGUGUCGGACUUGGAGUCUUGGAUGAAAACAGAGGGAAAGCAGAAGAGGAUUGGAAACCUUCCAGACCAGGUAGAAUGGAAAGUGAAGAUCAAGAAGGUGAGAUUGUUUUACCAGGUAUCACAACGGGCGCGGAGGAUGUUGCCGGCUUGUCUGGUCGUAUUCGCUUGGCCCGUCAGAAUGGACCGGGAACAGCGGCUUUGGGACGCACAUCUACCGCAUCUGCUUUGCCGUUCAGCAGUAGCAGUAAAUGGAUGGAUACACAAAGACAUCUUUUGCAAGCAUAUGAAUAUCUGUGUCACUGUGGUGAAGCAAAAGAAUGGAUGGAACAUCAUGUUGGCGAAGAUCUUGGCGCGAUUGUGGAUAUGGAAAAUGGAAUGCGAGAUGGUGUAUUUUUGGCCAAAUUAGCAAGAAGUUUCGAGCCUGAAUGUGUUCCUAGGAUCUUUGUUCAUCCUAAGCUUCAAUAUCGUCAUACCGAUAACACAAAUUACUUUUUCCGUUUCGUCAAAAAGAUUGGCUUACCCGAUUCGUUCCACUUCGAGUUAACUGAUUUGUACGAAAAGAAGAACUUCCCAAAGGUGGUUUAUUGUAUUCACGCUCUCAGUCACAUUCUUGCAAGACAAGGACGUGCUCUCAAGGUUGGCAAUUUGGUCGGAAAGCUAGAUUUCACAGAUGCUGAAUUGCAACAAACACAACGUGGAUUAGAUGCUGCUGGUGUUGCAAUGCCUAGCUUUGGUGCUCUUGGAAGAAAUUUGGCCAAAGAGAUGAACGAAGAGCCAGAACCCGAACCUGAAACGGAAGAAGAACGAGUGAAUCGAGAAUUACACGAAUGCAUCGAUAGUGUGGUCGCUCUGCAAGCAAUCGCAAGAGGAUUUUUGGCCCGGAGAGCAUACCACAGAAAACUUGUCGAAGAGCGCAGAAGGCAACGUGAAGCGGAAGAAGAACUUGCCCGUAGACGAGCAGAAGAAGAAGCAGAAAUGGCACGCAGACGAGCAGAAGAAGAAGCACGUCGGGCCGCUGCAGAAGCAGCUCAAAGGAAGAAAGAAGAAGAAGAUCGCAUCGUCAACCGAGCAAUGCCAUCCGUACAAGCAGCAAUUCGAGCAAUACAGGCAAGACAAGCCUACCAGAAACGCAUCUUUGCUCUGUCAGAUGCUACUGAGAGUAUAAUUGCAUUGCAAAGCGCUUGUAGGUCUGUUUUGGCUAGACGUGCUCUUUUGAAUCGAAUUCGCGCUAUGCGUGGUUCAACGGAUAGUAUCGUUGCCGUUCAAGCUCAAGUUCGUGGUGUACUUGCAAGACGAAACUUUGUUCAUCUUCGUUCAGCUUUACAUAAAGCAGAGGUAACGCGAUCCAUCGGAGGUCUGCAAUCACUUGCUCGGGCCGCUUUGGUGCGUAAACGUCAUGCUGAACAAUCAAAGAAGUUGGAAUUCGUUCAACCAGAUGUCAUUGGCAUUCAAUCUCAUAUCCGAGGUGCUUUGGCACGUAGGGAAUAUGAAUGGUGGCGACAACAUUUGGUGGACAGUGAACCUGUCGCCAUUCACUUGCAAUCCCUCAUCCGUGGUCUAUUGGCCAAGCGCUCUUUCCAAUCAAAGAUGAGACAUUAUCGUGAACAUAUGGAUAAAGUUGUCAAGAUUCAAAGCUUGUUCCGCGGUAAACAACAAGGUGAACAAUAUAGAAGUUUGACCAUGGGCAAAAACGUUCCGGUUUCUACCAUUAAGAACUUUGGUCACUUGCUCAACGAUAGCGACUUUGACUUUGAGGAUGAAAUUGAAGUUGAAAGAUUACGCAAGCUGGUCGUCAAGAGCAUUCGUGAGAAUCAAACGCUCGAAAAUGAUGUUGCUGAACUUGAUACAAAGAUUGCCCUUUUGGUCAAGAACAAAAUUGGAAUAGAGGAUUUGGUCAAAGCCAAGCACGAGCGUGGUUUGCUUCGUCAUAUGGAUGCUAAUGCGCAAUUACAAAGGAGAAAUUCACUUCUUUCAGCUGCCGGAGAUCCAUUUGCAGAGCAUACGCUUGACAGACAAGCAAGACGCAAAUUGGAAUUGUAUCAAGAACUCUUCUAUACCUUGCAAACAAGACCAGAAUAUCUUGCAAGACUCUUUGCGCGUGUCGGUCGAUUUGAAAUGGCUGACAAACAAAGAAAGCAUAUGGAAAAGAUUGUUUUGACUUUGUUCGGAUAUGCACAGAAAGCUCGUGAAGAAUUCUUGUUGCUCAAGCUAUUCCAAAGAUGUGUCAGUGAAGAGUUGAGUCUCGUUCAAGGCGUUCAAGAAUUCGUUCGUGGAAAUGCACAAUUCAUCAAAUUGGUCGUUCAGUACAAUCGUGGUGCAAAAGAAAGACAAUACUUGCGCGACUUGCUCGGACCUCUAGUUCGUGGAAUCAUGGACGAUGAUGGUUUGGACUUGGAAACGGAUCCAUGCUCCAUUUAUCGUGCCACGAUCAAUCAAGAGGAGAUGGAGACAGGGCAGCCCAGUCAAAGACCUCUUGAAGUGAACUUCCAUGAAGCAUUGGCAGAUCCCAUGGCAAGAACAAUCUUUAUCAGACAUUUGCAAGCUUUACGCGCUACUACUGAGCUCUUCUUGAACACCAUUCUUACAUCAACCAACAAGAUGCCUUAUGGCAUCCGUUAUAUCGCAAGAGAAGUAUACCGUAGCCUACAAGAAAAGUUCCCACAAGAAAGUCAAGACGCUCUUUUGAAGGUUGUGGGCAACUUGGUUUACUACCGCUACCUCAAUCCCGCUAUUGUUGCACCAGAAGGAUUUGAUGUUGUUGAAAGGUUGGUCGGACCAAUGCAACGCAAGAACUUGGCAGAAAUUUCCAAGAUGCUCACUCAAAUUGCAGCUGGCAAAUUGUUCUCUGAUGAUAACCCAUACUUGCAGCCAUUGAACGAAUACGUACAACAAGCCAGUAAUCGAUUCAACGAAUGGCUUUUGGGUGUUGUUGAAGUGGGAGAUGCUGAACAACAUUUCAAUGCGGAUGAAUUCUUGGACCACACCGUGCCUCACCGCCCUGUGAUCUAUAUCUCACCCAACGAAAUCUAUUCGAUGCACUGGCUCGUUUCACAGCAAUUGGAUCAUAUGGCACCAUUGCCAGAAGAUCCUCUACGUGUCACACUGGCCGAGUUGGGAGCACCACCUGUUUCAGCGACACAAGAGCUCAAUACAGCCCGUGAUACCGAAAUCACGUUCGAGCUGCUUUCUAGACGUACGUCACUCAAGGAUCCUGAAGCAGAGACAAAAGCCUUGUUCGUUGAAACGAAGAGAUUGGUGCUUUGCCUAUUAAAGGUUCAAUCUGGCAAGACUCUGGUUGACGUCUUUGUUGAGCCGGUCACUGAACAGAAUGAGAUGACAUGGGAAGAAAUUGUUUCUUUGGAAGUGGCUGCUGAUCGUCAACGUCAACGUGGACAAAGACCACCAGUGCCCGCGGAUAUGGCCUUGCAAAUGCGUAGCCCUAGACUGGAAGAUGUACGCAGGAUGUCUUUUGCACAAUUGAAAGCACGUACGUUGGAGAACAUGUUAGAGUUGGAGAAGCUGGGCAAAGUAUCACGCGCAAACAAGUAUCAAGAAAUGCUCAAUGCAAUCGCAAUUGAUAUUCGCAACAAACAUCGUAAACGUAUCCAACGUCACAACGAAAAGGUUGCCAUGCACACAACUUUGCAAAACUUGAAAGAAAAGAAGGCUUAUAUCGAAGAACAAAUCAAUAGCUAUCACAGCUACAUCGAUGCUUCUAUGUCAACAAUGCAAAAGAAAGGUCGAAAGAAGUUCGUCUUACCCUUCACACAACAAUACUUCCACGUACGCAAUCUUAAAGCAUCAGGAAAGAUGCCCAAAUUUGGCUCAUACCGUUACACCGCCCAAAGGCUAUUCGAAAAAGGAGUUUUGCUAUCUUUGGAUCAAUUCUCUGAAAAACAAUAUGAUCAAAUUCAUCUAACGAUCAGCAGUGAUGAACCCGGUCUGUUCACCAUCGAUGCUAGCGUUUUGGGCGUUAGCGGUGGCAGUGUGGAUAUUCGUAUCGAAGAUCUUUUGGAAGCACAAUUUAGCGGUCAAAGUACGUUAAGCUUGAUGGAUCGUGCUUGUACGGUCAAUCUCAAUUUGCUCAUCCAUUUAAUCAACAAGAAAUUUUAUGCUUGAAAAUUGAUGCAAGCUUUCCCACAAAACGCUUUCGCUUUUACAUUUGUACAUGCUCUUUUUCCCCGCCCUUUUUCCUUUUCAAGCCAAACUGUAUUCGAUCUGUUGGUUCUUUUUCCGGUCCAUGUUUCCUUUCUUGUAGGUUUUCUAUAGUCUUUGCUCUUCUCUAUGCUAUUCGAAAAAUAAACAUGUGCAUUGUAUAUACGAUGAGGAUGAAAAAUUUAUUGAUUGUAGCU